AUGAAGAAGCUUACGAUUAUAAUGGCGGAUGACUGGAACAUAUACUCAAAAUCUAGUCAUGAAUACAAUAUUCUUUGUAAGAAUUACGAGAUCGGCAGAAAAGUUACAAUUGGCUAUGCAGCUUCUCUUUACGGCUCUAUGACUCCUUUUCUGACUGUGCCGGUAAUAUUAAACACAGUUAGCUAUAUGGGAUUGUACAAUAUUUCCGAAGGGAGACCCGUGAUGUUUCGUUCGGACUACCUUUUGGACGUAGAAAAGUAUUAUUAUCCGUUGCUGGUGCAUUCAUACAUCGGCACCCUCGGCUUCGUCUCGAUCGUCGUGGCGAUCGACUCGAUGUUGGUGUUCCACGUCCAACAUGAGUGCGGGAUGUGCGAGAUCCUUGGAUAUCGGCUAUCACGGAUUAUCGAUGAGACUAUUUUAGACGUAGAUUUACGUCCGAGUAGAGGAGAGGAUAUAGCGUACAAACACGCUAAGAAUUGCGUUAUUAUGCAUAGCCACAUAAUAGAAUAUGCUAAAAGCCUCGAAAACGCGAAUACGACAUCAUACUUUUUUCAAUUAGGUUUCAACAUGAUCGGCAUAACUUUUACGAUAUUCCAAGCGACGGUAAAAUUGAACGAUCCGAAGCAAGCAAUGCGGUAUGCGUCGUUCACAGUCACUCUGCUUUCUGUCCUUUUUCUCGAAAGUUGGCCGGGUCAGCAGUUAUCAGAUUAUACAGAUAAAAUUUUCACAUAUGUAACCAGCGGAAGAUGGUAUCAGUCUUCACUGAGCGUGAGAAAAAUGCUCAGCAUUAUGUUAAUGAGAAGUUACAAGCCAAUUAAGAUAACCGCGGGAAAGCUGUACACCCUGAACUUGGAGAACUUCGCCGCAGUAAGGAAACUUUUUUUGAAUGAGAGUUGA